AUGUUUUUCCCAAUUUUUCUAUUGAUUUUCGGAUUUUCCUGCGCCCAAAACACUACAAAGGUAAGAUUGACGCAUUUUUUGUAGCCUUGGCGCAAAUUUUGUAGCUUCAGAUUCGAAUCGGAAUUGCGGCGGCCCAGUUAACCCAGCCUGAAUCCAUAGGUUGGUCAUUUUGUGGUGGAGCUGUCACCAUGGCUAUUCAACGACUUCAUCAGAUGGGAAUUGCGACGGGAUUCGAUUUUGAGUGAGUUUCUGAUCAUUUUAACACGAAAUAUGCCCAAGCUCCGCCCAUUUUUGCAAAAUUGCGGCAUGGUUUUGAAAAAGCUUCAAUUUGAUACCAAAUAUACAUAGGCUCCGCCCAUUUUUGUUCUGCAAUUUUGCGGCACACUUUUCUGAUCAUUUUGACACUGAAUAAGCUUAGGCUCCGCCCAUUUUUGUUCUGAAAUUUUGCGGCACACUUUUCUGAUCAUUUUGAGACCCCAUAAGCCCUGGCUCCGCCCACUUUUGCAAAAUUGCGGCAUGGUUUUUGAAAAGCUUCAAUUUGACACCAAAUAAGAAAAACCAUGCCGCAAUUUUGCAAAAAUGGGCGGAGCCUAGGCUUGUUUGGUGUUAAAAUGAUCAAAAAAGUGUGCCGCAAAAUUGCAAAACAAAAAUGGGCGGAGCCUAGGCUUAUUCGGUCUCAAAUUGAAGCUUUUUCAAAACCAUGCCGCAAUUUUGCAAAGAUGGGCGGAGCCUAGGCUUAUUUGGUCUCAAAAUGAUCAGAAAAGUGUGCCGCAAAAUUGCAAAAUCUCACAGAACCUUCGUCGAAUACACGGAAUGUGACAGAAAUGCUACAGUAGCCAUCGGCCUGGAUUUUCUCAAAAAUAAAAAUGUGGACGUGAUAAUCGGACCACCCUGUGUAGAAGGCCUAAAAGUUAUGGGAACUCUCACGCAACUCUAUCAAAAGCCCGUGUUGGGCUGGGGCUUCGUGUCCGAUUCGAUUUUUUCGGAUAAAUCGCGAUUUCCACUGACGGUUUCGAUGUUGCCGACAUCUUCCAGUUUGGGAUAUGCGACGGUCAAAGUUCUGGAGCAUUUUGGUUGGGAUAAAGUGGCGAUAUUGUAUGUGACAAGUGCUCUGAAUUACUGUGCAAGUGUUAUGGAUGACGUGGAAAGUGUGCUCAAUGAUCCCAGCUCUUUUUCCCCACAAAUUGUGCUCAAACAAUAUUUGGAGCCCAAAAAUAACGAAAGCUAUACAUCCACUUUGCAGACUGUGAUGGGAAGAGCUAGAAGUUAGUCUAAAUCAGCCCUAGAAGUCGCUAAGCCUAUUCAUUCUUUCAGUUAUUUUGUUCUGCGCUCAAACUGCCACCGAAAAACGAGAUUAUAUGCUCCGUAUCGCGAAAUUGGGGAUGAAUACCAAUGAAUAUGUCCAUAUUAUGUUGUCGAUGAGAAGUGUUGGAUUUGGAGCGCAGACAAAUAAUGGAAAAAUGACGUGUGAGUUGAUUCGAGCUAGAAAUUCGAAAUCUCCAGAUUCUCACGAGAAUUUUAAUACCCAUAUUGCCUAGGUUUCUUGAAAUUUUCUUAAAGGCGCAUAGACCCCUAAGCUGAAAUUCAAUCUGGGUCUCGCAACGAUGCACCUUUAAAAUCAAGAUUUAAAAAUUGUGAAUAUACCAGAAUGUUCAGAAUUUUGAGCUCUACAAGAUGCAAUUGGUCUUGAGCCGAAAAUCCAGAAUUUUUUUUGAGGAACUUUGGAUUUUUGAGAAUAUGGGAUUUAUCAAUGUUCUCGAUGAAAAAUUCGAAUUCCUCAGCUUCUCCCGAGAAUUUUGAUACCCAUAUUGCCUAGGUUUCUCGAAAUUUUCUUAAAGGCGCAUAGACCCCUAAGCUGAAAUUCUAUCUGGGUCUCGACACGAUCUACCUUUAAAUCCAAAAUUUCCCUAUGAAAAAUAUAUCAAAAUGUAGGGAAUUUUGAGCUCUACAAGAUGAGCUGGGUCUCGAGGCGAAAUAUAAGUUUUGAAAAAAAUUGCACCCCUCCCUUUAAAUGGGUCUCGCCACGAUGCACCUUCAAAAUCAGUAUUUAGAGGUGAAAAAUAUACCAAAAUGUAGGGAAUUUCGAGCUCUAGAAGAUGAGCUAGGUCUCGAGGCGAAAAAUUAGUUUUGAAAAAAAAGUGUACCCCUCCCCCUUUAAAUGGGUCUCGUCACGAUGUCCCUUUAAAUAUAUGAUUUAGAGGUGACAAAUAUACCAAAAUGUAGAGAAAAUUUGUGUAGUUCUCGAGGAAAACCUAAUUUAUUUUCAGUUACACUUUCCGGCCUCACUCCACUCUGGGAAACUCUCUCCGGACCAUCCGACGGUCAAGAAUCGCUGGCCAAAUCCGCGGCCGAAAAAUUCCUCGUCAUCGAUUUGAAUUCCGAAGUUUCGGAUGUUGCCGCACUCACCAAUCUUCAGAAGAACAUCAUCGCAUCAGUCCGCAUGCCGCCUGUCAAUUGCGGAACACCGCAAUGCCUUGCGGCAAACGGAACGGUCAUGGGAGCCUACGCGCGCCAUUUGUAUGAUGCGAUUUGGUUGUAUGGAGUGGCGAUUGAUGGAAUGAGUGCGGAAGGGUGGCGGAAUGUGACGGAAGUGUUGGCGAGGAUUAGGAAGGCGAAUUUUGCGGGUGAGCGGUGGUUUUCCGCGCGGAAAAUGCGCGUUUUUUGACACCAAAUAUGAUAGGAGGGAAAAAAAGUUCGCCCCCACCGGGAAUCGAUCCCCUGACCUUUCACCUGAUAAUUUUCAUACUCAAAAUGAUCCAAUUCUCGGGGAGAAACUGAAAAAUCAAGUUUCAUUAUUGAAUUUUCAAAUUCCCCGCCAAAAAUUAGGUCUGAAAAUGAUUUUUCAACAAAAAAAAGUUCGCCCCCAGCAGGAAUUGAUCCCCUGACCUUUUACCUGAUAAUUUUUGAAUUCAAAAAAAUUGUGAAUAUCAAGGAGAAUCUGAAAAUUUAAGUUUUCCAAGUUUCCAACCAAAAAUUAGGUCUGAAACUAAUUUUCUCAAAAAAAAAAACAUAAAACUCUGCUCCCACCAGGAAUCGAUCCCCUGACCUCUCAACCCGUAAUUUUUAUACUCAAAAUGAUCCUAAUUUCACGUGGAGCUUGAAAAUCUAGAUUUUCCCAGGUUUCCCGCCAAAAAUUAGAUCUGAAACUGAUUUUUUAACAAAAAAAAGAAAAAAAAAGUUAGCCCCCACCAGGAAUCGAUCCCCCGACCUUUCACCCCGUAAAUUUAUAUUCAAAAUGCUCCAAAUCACCUGAAAAAUCAAUUUUUUCUCCCAGGAAUGACGGGUCAAGUGCGAUUCAACGAAAAUGCCACCCGAAUGCCAAUCUAUCAACUUUAUGGACUCAGUGAUAAAUGGGAUGAGGUCGCCUUGAUGAAUUUGAACUUCGACAAUGGAUCUUCGGUACCAGUUAGCUUUUUUAAUGUAGUUUCAUCUUAAAGAGCUCAAAAUUCUGAACAUUUUGGUAUAUUUUUCACCUCAAAAUACCGAUUUUAAAGGUGCAUCGUGGCGAGACCCAUUUAUAGGGGGGGGGGUGCACUUUUUUUUUCAAAAUCAAUUUUUCGCCUCGAGACCAAUUUCAUCUUAUAGAGCUUGAAAUUCUGAACAUUUUGGUAUAUUUUUCACCUCAAAAUACCGAUUUCAAAGGUGCAUCGUGGCGAGACCCAGAUUGAAUUUCAGCUUAGGGGUCUAUGCGCCUUUAAGAAAAUUUCAUGAAACCUAGCCAAUAUGGGUAUCAAAAUUCUCUGGAGAACCUGGAGAUUUCGAAUUUCUUAUCGAGACCAUUCAGAAAUCUCAUAUUCUCAAAAAUCCAAAGUUACUCAGAAAAAAUUUUCGGCUCAAGACCAUUUUCAUCUUAAAGAGCUUGAAAUUCUGAACAUUUUGGUAUAUUUUCACCUCUAAAUCUCGGGUUUAAAGGUGCAUCGUGGCGAGACCCAAAUUUUGCAAGCUAUAGUGAUUUCUAUGCGCCUUUAAGAAAAUUUCAAGAAACCUAGGCAAUAUGGCUAUCAAAAUUCUCGGGAGAAGCUGGAGAUUUCGAAUUUCGCAUCGAGAACAUUGAGAAAUCCUAUAUUCUCAAAAAUCCAAAGUUCCUCCAAAAAAAAAUCUGGAUUUUCGGUUCAAGACCAAUUUCAUCUUAAAGAGCUUGAAAUUCUGAACAUUUUGGUAUAUUUUCACCUCUAAAUCUCGGGUUUAAAGGUGCAUCGUGGCGAGACCCAAAUUUUGCAAGCUAUAGUGAUUUCUAUGCGCCUUUAAGAAAAUUUCAAGAAACCUAGGCAAUAUGGCUAUCAAAAUUCUCGGGAGAAGCUGGAGAUUUCGAAUUUCGCAUCGAGAACAUUGAGAAAUCCUAUAUUCUCAAAAAUCCAAAGUUCCUCCAAAAAAAAAUCUGGAUUUUCGGUUCAAGACCAAUUUCAUCUUAAAGAGCUUGAAAUUCUGAACAUUUUGGUAUAUUUUUCAUACGGAAAUCUUGGGCUUAAAGGGACAUCGUGUCAAGACCCAGAUUGAAUUUGAGCUUAUGGGUCUAUGCGCCUUUAAGAAAAUUUUGAGAAACCUAGGCAAUAUGGGUAUCAAAAUUCUCGGGAGAAUCUGGAGAUUUCGAAAUUCUUAUCGAGACCAUUGAUAAAUCCCAUAUUCUCAAAAAUCCAAAGAUCCUCAGAAAAAAAAAUCUGGAUUUUCGGCUCAAGACCUAGCUCAUCUUGUAGACCUCAACAUUCCCUACAUUUUGGUAUAUUUUUCACCUCAAAAUCUUAGAUUUAAAAGUACAUCGUGGCGAGACCCAAACUUCGCAAGCUAUAGUUAUUUCUAUGCGCCUUUAAGAAAAUUUCGAGAAACCUAGGCAAUAUGGGUAUCAAAAUUCUCGGGAGAAGAUGGGGAUUUCGAAUUUCGCCACGUCAUAACUCAAUAUCUUUCCAGACGCUCAUCAAACUCUACACCAACGAAUCCGCCAUCUGGUCAACGCACUGGGCAGGUUCCGCCCCACUCGCCACGCCCAUUUGCGGAUACGCGGGCACCGCAUGUCCGCAAACCACCCUGGAAAAAUACGGAGUGCUAUUCGUGAUCCUGGCUAUCGUCAUCCUCUUCACAUGCCUCGUUUUCGUGUGUUGCGGAUGCGCGCUGAUACGCGGAAAGCGCGCGGAAGCGGAACGCGUGCGCUCCGAAUGGGUGAUUGCGUUUGAGAAGUUGAGAGAGCUGGAGAGAUCCGGCAGGAAGUCGAGAUCUAGGCGGAGCCUGGAUUCUGCACCUGGGUCACAGGAUACAAGAUCAGCAGGCGAUCUAGAAGAUCAGGAUGAAUCGGAAGAGUAUCGCAGCCUGGAGAAGGAGAUUGUCCGCGUCAAGAAAUACCAUCCUGGCCCCCUGGAUACCCAGAGAUUCGUCAAGUUACGCAAACUCGACCAUGAGAAUGUCAACAAAUUCAUCGGCCUAGUUCUCAAUGGCCCGGGGCCCUAUUUUGCGGUCUGGAAACUGUGUGGAAGAGGGAAUCUGGAGGCGAUUAUAGCCAGGGGGAAUUUUACGAUGGACGCGUUUUUUGUGCUUUGUGUUAUAAGGGAUGUGGCGGAGGGGGUUGGCGUAUUUACAUCAGGCUUUUCUGGCGAUUGGUGGUGCCAGGGUGCAUGGAAGUUUGAGGUGCGUUGGAUUUUUGUUUAACAUGAGCAAUGGUCCAAAAAAGAACAUUUUCGAAAUUUUUAAUAUGAGCAAUGUUUUUUAAUCAUUCAAAUUCGAUGAAUCCAAAAAAAAUUAUUUUUUUUAAUAUGAGCAAUGCUCCAAAUGUUUGUGAGAAAAUCAAUAAUUUGAUUUUCUUAAAUUUGAAUUGCCACGUCAUAGUUCAACUGAGAAAAAUUGAGCGAAAAAUUUUUCUAACCUGAGCAAUCCUGUUUUGGGGGAUUUUUGGCUCCGAAAUUGAUGAAAAUCUGAAUUUUUAUUCUAUUGCUCAUGUUAGUCUUUUUUUUUAAGUUUUGGUUUAACAUGAGCAAUCCCUUUUCAAAGAGAAUUUCAGCUCAGCUUCAAAUCUAAAUGAAAAAACAAUCCACUUUUUUUGUUUAGUAUGAGCAAUGCUCCAAAAUUUGUGAAUAAAGUUUAACAUGAGCAAUGCAUUUUUGAUCGUUUAAUAUGAGCAAUGCUAAAAUUUUCGAAAUUUUUAACCUGAGCAAUGUUUUUGAAUCCAAUAUUGCUCAUACCAAAAUUUCUACGACAAUGAGCAUUUUUUAACAUGAGCAAUGCCGUGUUUUUCUGGAUUUCUAGUCAUUUUGUCCAAUUUCUCGAUUUUUCAAUGAAUUUAGAAUUUCCACGUCAUAGUUCAGCUGGAAAAAUUGAGCCAGAAUUGUUUAAUAUGAGCAAUGUUUUUGUACUUAUUUCUAAAUGAUAUUGCUCAUGUUAAGAAGCUAAAAAUUUGUUUAACCUGAGCAAUGUCUGUUUGCAGAUCCGGAAAUUGUUUGGUGAACGAUAGUUGGCAGGUGAAGUUGAGCGAUUAUGGAUUGGAUUUUUUGAACGAGGAAGAGGCGCCGCCGAAAAGAUGUGGGUCUAGAUUUUGGGAUCAGGCUCGAGAUUGA